UUUUUACAUUCAUCGGGCCCCAAUAUGUCCAAAUAUCAAAGAGAAAUGAAAAAUGCAUGCAGUGGAAGAGUUCGGGUCUUAGGAGGUUAAGGUAGACACACAUAAUUAGUGUCAGGUGUUAUUGGUCAGAAAGAGCAAACAGUCUGUUACCACUGCGCUGUUGUCAUUUAUGAUAAAUGAAACUGGAUAAAAAGAACUGUUGAACAACAAAUACAACCAAUGGAAUACAAUAAAGAUGUUAAAUUGACAAGAUAAGUAUGGCUGGAGUUAUUGGAGUGUGGCAAGUUUCAUUCAUAACAGUGGCAUCGCGUCACCCCCACCAUCGAACACCUCAGUGGCUUCAAGCAUAGGUUUAGCCUCUGCUUGAUACACCCAGCAGCUCUGUGAAGGCUGAGUGUAUCAAGCUGAGUAACAGUGCUUCUACACUGCUACUCAGCAUGGAAGCACGGAUUAUAUCUAUAUCUAUACAUCUGAUGAUAUAUCUCAAACUCAUCCUCUUGCUCAAGCUCCAUCCCCACCAGAGAGGUGACGUUCUAUGUCCCAAGAGUCAGCCUCAACAGCCAGAGAUUGGAUUGCCAGGCCUUCACUGCUUCGCUGCCCAACACAUGUUGCACCUGACCCAUAUGUGACCCAUGUUGUGUCUUAUGUGGGUGGUGAGCAAUGAGGAGUAAGAAAGAAAUACAGGUUGAUCACAACUGCCUUAGUGAAUGAAUUAUAUUAGCCAAUUUUUACUAUAAUUUGGUGGAAUGGUAAGUGGUGGUUUAGUUGAAGCUAAAUAAAAAAGAGCCUAUGCUGUGGCUUCACUUUCCUCGUGUUUUAAUUUUCUGUGUUUAUUCAAAAAUAGUAGUACUUUUUACUUAGUUUGCACAUUUACACCACAUUUACACCUGCUUACUAGAUCAUGUGGCAUUAUCAUGUGUUAACAAAAAACUAACAUUACAGAAUUACAUCGAUGUAAAAAACUAAACAUGGGGACACAGUCGAGUUUGACCAGUUGACCCCGCUCUCUCUCUUUUUCUUUCCUUUAGGCUCUCCACCACCCAGGCAGCAGUGUAGGCGUCAUUUAAUCUUUUUCUUGUCCUGGUCUAUUCCUGCAGACAUCCUGCCCACUCAUUCUGCCUCUCUUUCCUUUCAGCCCCUCACUGAUGAUUAACCUCCCUCCUUGUCGCUCGCCCACGCCGCUCGUUCUGAUUUCGUCAUAGCGGCACGGCUGCAGUACGCCUGCUGUCAGGCACUUCACACAGGCUCUGGAGGGGAAAAAUUGAUGAUGGGUUCAUUGGAGGCAGUUAUAAUGGAGGCUAAUGACCAAUGAGAAUGUGUCCAGGCUGUGAAGUACACACUUGAGGAACAAAUGUUUAAUACAUAUGAAUGUAAGAAAUGAAGAGAUGUUGUUCCCUUUUCUCCUUGAAAGCAUAUAACAAAAACAUAGAAAGACUAAAAUGAAUUAAAAGUCCUAUUCUGAAACAUUUCCACUGAAAAGACUUCUUCCAAAAAACCUCAACGAUUGCACAGUUGUAGGCCGUUGAUAUAUACACAUGUACACACACGCACACACAGAAAGUACAUUGUGUUGUCAUCCUUGCUUCCUGCUCUGCUGGACCAGCAGGAUUUGGCCCACUAAAAUGCCUCCUGUCUACUUUAACCUCAUUUGUGUAACAGAUCAGUUCAUUCAUUCAAUUAGCACACACUCUCACACGGGCACCUGCACAUGCACAUUCACUCAUCGGAAAUCUAUGGCUUCCCAAUGCAAUUGUUGAAAAGUAAACUGACUCCCAUAAGUCCCUUGCAAUUGAGCUUUCUGAUCAAUAGGAGCCCUUUAAUCCAUAGAAAGAUUUUUUCUGUCCUGUCGAGAGAAAUGUUUGUUAUAAAAAACAGCUAACUUUACCCCAAAAUGGCUAAACGUGUUCCUAGUGUUUAAGUUAUAUUUUAUGUGAUAUAUGUAUGUGUGUAUUAGUUGGCUCAUAAAUACGCAUUCUGUAAGUGCAUAAGUGGCUGUUACAGGAAGACAACGAGUCAGUACACCAUCCACAUACAGAUAAAUGUCAGAGCUGAACAGCUGGUGCUCAGCACAGUGUCACGCCUUAUCCAGUAAUUUGCUCAUCACAUAUUGCAUUGUAGCUAAUAGUUGAUCUCUAGUAGACACUGCAUAGGUAACCUAAUUCAUUUUUUUCAAGUAUUUUUUGUAGACCUGUUCACAACAACAGUCAUCCCAUUAUCGGUAUGCUGUAAGAUAAGACAAUGCAAUAUUUUGGAAAACCAAAUAUUGUAUUCCUUUAAGCAAACACGUGCAGAGGUGGGGAAGAAGAACUCCCUUAUAACCUGGUAGCACCAGAUUCAGAGAGGAGCAGCCAUCUGUUAUGGACAGUUGGGGGUUGAGGGACAAGAAAAUACAGAAAAGACAUAUAUAUUUACUAUGUCAAUGAACAGUUUUUUGCUGGCAUUGGUAGUUGCUUCAGUUCUUCAUCUCAAACUUAAGAUGUGUUUUACCUGACACCUAUCCACUCCUCAUCAACACAAGUGACAGAAUUGUUAUUAACAUGCCAAGGAUAAAUGAAGUCAAUUACUGUUUCUUAAUGUAAAGUUGUUUUCACACAUGAACUUCUGUCAAUUUGUGGAAAAUCAGGUUGAAACACUUUCCAUAGAUGCCUUUCCUCACAUUUAAAGAGUCUCCCUUUACAGUAUUGCAUAUACGCCAUGUGGUGAGGGAAAGAGAGCUAUCUAAGUAGAGUAUGCAGUAAGUCAGAACUAGAGUCUUCAAUGCUGAAAUCUAAUUUUGAAAUAGAUGAUUGUAAUUUGUGUCACCUGAGGGGUUUUUUACAGAGCAGCUGAGGUGGCGCAGGGUUUAGGAAGCCUUCAAACACUAAGGAGCUAUGUUAAAAGAUAAUUCUAAGUUCUUUCAAUAUGGACCCUAUAUUACUUGCUACAAAUAAGCACAAUAACAUGAACAAGGUUUAUUUUGAGGAAAUUUAAAUGAGAACAAACAGUUACAUCACUUACCAAACACAUUUCCUGUUUUAGCACUCUCUUUGUCUAUUGGUUUUAUUGUUACAUGCUCAGUGUUAUUGUAAUGCCUGCUUCCAAAAAAGGGAGCUAUAUCACUGUCUUUUUUUCCGUCCACAUAUACAGUAGGUUUGGAUAUACCCAAAGGCUCAACAGUGGACUGUGAAUUAUCACUGACUUUGAUGUGGUGUUGUUCUGUGUUUCUGAAUUACAAUUUAUACUGGAGUGCAAUGUUAUACUAGCUGAGCAUGGACAAAACUAUAAUAAAUUUGAUUUUUUUUUAUUGUGUAGUAGAUGUAGAACCAGUAUUACUUGUUGUAUUAAUAUUUAAUAAAGGGAUAGUAGCAUGGUACCAGUGUACUGUAUUUAGUUUGUUUAGUUUCAGUCUUCUUUCUUUGAGCUUUUUGCAGGAAGGAGGUCUGGAAGCUGCAGGCCGGCUCACAGGUCCUCUUUUAUUCUCUGCCUCUCUCUUUGCUCUGACAGAUCCGUGCUGAUAUCAGAUUGAUGGGCCGGUUUGAUUGAAGUCUCUUUGUCGUGCUAAUGUCACCGCGAGUGAUGGAUGAGGCAAAUGGGCCAACUCAACGCGCGUGCGUGCAAACUCGACUCCAGAACCGAAAGAAAGAGCCUCUCCCCUCCUCCCGUACACACACACACACACACACACGACUUCCCUCGCUCCCGUGACCAGCUAACAAACUUCUGGCCUCCGGUCACCAUAGGCGACGAGCCACGUGACCUGCCAUGGAGGUAAGAAAAGGAGUGACACGGUAAAACGGAGAGAGGGAGACAAUUGAAGAGCAAGAGCCAGAGAAAAUUGAAGAAUUUGAAGAAAAAAAGACAGACUUUAGGAAGACUGGGUGUAACCUGUGUGAAGCUGAAAAUGUGACUGUAUUCUUUUCAGUCCUCUCCCGUUGUUUUCCACUGUCACUGGCGAGCCUUUGAAACACAGGUUGAGUUACUGAUAGAGUAGGGCCUUUAAAACACACACAAACUGCAGCAGACCACAUGUGUUUCUGGUUUGGAGAAGUAAAGCCUUCGCAUUUUUUCAUUCACAUUGGAAAUGUCUACAGUUUUUUACUUGUAAUGUAAUUUUGUCGCGACUUUUUUUUAUUACUUUAAGGGUUUUUCAAUUAAAAAACCAACACGAUUUUUGUACUGCUUUUUGCACACAACAGGGAGAUUCUAUAUCAUACUGCCGACUAUAGGAACAACUUUCAAAUGGAUUUUUUAGUUAUUUGAUUUUUGCUUUUCAACGAAUUUCUAUUAACCUCGGUCGUGUUUCUUGCUGAUAACAAGUCGAGACAUUUUACCAAUUCCCUGGUGCUUCGAGUCUGCAUGGACAACAUGAACUCCUUUGUGGAAUACUCUAUUUGUAACCGACAACCAACUGGCAUUUAUUCUGCGCCUAAAUCUGGAUACCACCAUCAUCACCUGCACCAUCACCUUCCCCUGGAUCAGCGUCAGGGAUUCCCCGUGAGCAUCCAAACAGGCCUCAGCGGUUCUCCUGUCCCCGGGUCCAGAAAUGAUAACAGAGACGUAGGAGCGAGUUAUACCGCGGAUGGAGGGAUGUACGUGGGCGUUGGGGCGGACACCGCCAGCGGAGGAGUAAGUCAGCAUCAUCAGCAACAUCCUCCUCAACAUCACGAACAGCAUACGCACAGCGGCUACCAACAUCCAACACAUCACCCUCAGCUUCACCAGAGCCAAAGCCUGCAGAGUGUAAUACCUUCUCCUUAUAGUAACGGCUGCAACACGGGGGCCUAUGUGGGCCAGGCAUGCACCACAAACUCGGAGUAUGUUGCUGCCACAGGCGCACCAAACUCCGUCCAUCCGCAGUAUUUCAUGGAGGAUUCUUUGGCCUCCACCUACUGUCAUCAAUCAAGCUUCCACAACUCGGCCUCAACUGUCGGCCCCAGUUACAGCUCUCUUACCGGGGUCUACUGCGGGCCUCAGCGCACCCUUGCUGGGUCACAGUACCCGCAGCAGAUCGGUGGGGGGGUUCUUGACGCAGGAGGCUACCUGGAGCUUUCGCCUGGGGAAGGCUACGGGGAGCUGCCGGUAUCUCAGGAUCGUGAAAGAGGGGACGAUGAGGUCCAGCAGGCCGGGCAGGGGCAGACCUUCGACUGGAUGAAGGUGAAGAGAAAUCCACCGAAGACAGUCAAAGUGGCCGACUACGGUCUUGCCCACAACAACGCCAUGCGCACCAACUUCAGCACGAGGCAGCUGACGGAGCUGGAGAAGGAGUUCCACUUUAGCAAGUACCUGACGCGAGCGCGGCGCGUGGAGAUCGCCGCCACGCUCGAGCUCAACGAGACGCAGGUGAAGAUUUGGUUCCAGAACAGACGCAUGAAGCAGAAGAAGCGCGAGCGAGAAGGCGCCACCGCGUCUGCGCGGCCAUUCUCCUCCUCUUCCGGUACCGGCAGCAGCUUGAACAAGGAGCUGGAAGACACUGACCGCUCUUCCGCGUCUACGUCUCCAGGCGCGUCCCCGAGCUCGGAGACGUAAUCUGGCUUUGUACCACUGUGAUACACCCAUCAACCCAUUCUUAAAAGACUGCCUGUUGAACAGAUUUUCUAAGUCCCAGAAUUCUAUAAUGGCCGACCACCCAUUCAGAUGGACUUUUAUGCCUCAUGUACAUGAACAUGGAGAAAAUAAGUUCUCAGUGCAUUUUAGGGAAAGAAAAAAAUGUAUAUUAGUGACAUAAUUGACAGUUACAUACAGUAAGUGCACUGAUUUGACAAACUAAUGGCACUUAUGCCAUGGAGAUAACAGAAAAUGCAUAAAAAUAUCUGAUUAUAGAUUUUGAUACAAACUGGAUGAGGGGAGCAGUUAUUGUUGGGUCUUUUAGUGAAACUCAUUCAUGUAGAUGAUGAUAAUGACGAUGGCAUCUUUAUAUGAUCAAUCUUUCAGUCUGAUGGGGGGGCGUACAGUUCUUUUAAUAGUUUAAUAUUGUUUUAGGGGAAAAAAAAUCUAUUUUAGUCAUUCUGUUAUAGCAUUUAACUUUCUAUAUUUAAAAAAGUCAAUCCCAUAAAAUUUGCUUUUACUAUGUCACUAAAACUCACCUAAAAGCCUUCAUGAAUGCUGCAAAUGUAAAUGAUCUCGGGGAGAUAUAUACAAAACUGUGAAGAUGAUGAUGUGGGUUCUGAGCUAUGUUGGUAACACAGGAAGCCUAAUGAUGAGAAUAUAGUGCUAUCUGGUACACUUUGAACAUACUUUUUUCCCUGUUUCUUACUGUUUCUAGUGUUGGCCUACAUGUGUCUUCCUAUGCAGCUCUGGUCUUUGCACUAUGUGACUACAGGGUGACACUUUCAGACAGAAGAUACAUGAAGCUGGAAUGUUAUGUUUCUUCAGGUUUUAUGAGCAUUUACAAAAGCUGUGAUUCUUCUGCAGUCUGAUUUAGAAUAUAAACAUGUCAGUUAGAUUCAGGUUAAUGUAGAGUGUUUGUUUGUGUGCACUUAAAAGGACAGGGUUUAGGGAAACUACUGAACUUAAGAUGAAGAGUGGAAGUGUUUAAUUUUUACUGACUGGGUCCUUGCCAUUGAGAAUAACUUAUUGGAUGUGUUGUUUAUAUUUUUGAUUCUAGAUAAUAUGUCUGUG